AUGCCUGCUCUCUCAGAGCUGCCUUCGCGGCAAGCGCGAGCCCACAACGAUGGAGCGCAGCGCUGCAGCUGUUCCGCGCGAAAGGCAGCCACACCCAUUAUGCUGCGGCUCUCACCGCAUGUGCAAGAGGGGCACAGUGGCAGCAGGCACUGUCGCUCCUCAGCGAAAGCGUGGGGAUCCGUGUGGAGCCCGGCGUCGUCAGCUACAGCAUCGGGAUCAGCGCCUGUGGAAAGGGAGGGCACUGGAAGCACGCGCUCUCUCUAUUCGGCGAGAUGCUGGAGGCAAUGCUGGAGCCAGAUGUCAUCCACACUCUACGGCGCUAGUGUCAGCGCGUGUGAAAAAGGUGGCCAGUGGACACGGGCGAUUUCGCUGCUCAGCGAGAUGCGUGAGGCGAACCUGGAGGUAGACGCCAUCAGCUGCAGCGCUGGUAUCAGCGCGUGCGGUAAAGGGGGGCAGUGGCAGCAGGCGCUGUCGCUACUCAGCGAGGUGUGGGAGGCCAAGCUAGAUCCAGACGUCGUCAGCUGCAGUGCUUGUAUCAGCGCGUGCGAGAAAGGAGGGCAGUGGAAGCUGGCGCUCUCGCUGCUCAGCAACAUUUUGCAGGCGAAGCUAGAGCCCAACGUCAUUAGCUACAGCGCUGCUAUCAGCGCGUGCGAAAAAGGUGGGCAGUGGCAGCAGGCGCUGCGGUUGCUCAGCAAGAUGCGGGAAGCGCAACUGGAGACGGACGUCGUCAGCUGCAGCGCCAGCAUCAGCGCAUUCGGGAAAGGCGCGCAGUGGCAGCGGGCGCUUUGGUUGCUCUGCGACAUGCGGGAGGCAAGCUUGGAGCCUGACAUGUUCAGCUACGGCGCUGGUAUCAGCGCGUGCGAGAAGGGCGAGCAGUGGCAGCGGGCGCUGUCGCUGCUCAGCGAUAUGUGGGAGGCGAAGUUGGAGCCUGACGUCGUCAGCUACAACGCUGGUAUCAGCGCGUGUGAGAAAGGCGGUCUUUGGACGUGGGCGCUGACACUCCUGAGCGACAUGCUAGAGGCGUUGUUGGAGCCAGACGUGCUCAGCUACAGCGCUGGGAUAUGCGCGUGCGAGAAGGGCGAGCAAGCGACCUAA